AUGAUUAAUAAUUUCAUAUCUCCUCAAACAAACGAUCCCAUUAAAAAACUCCAAAAUUUGCUGAACAAUUGCUUACAUUCAAUAAUAGAUGUUCUUAGUAAUUUAUCGUACAAAGGUGAACUGAAGGAAUUACAAAUUGUGUCCAGUGAGUCUAGCGAAUAUGCCCAUUUUGUGAAUUUGCUAAAAGAAUGGGAAAAAGAAAGGAAGGGAACUAUCGAGGGAGGAACACAGGAAUUAAAUAGCGUAUUUAAUGACAAAGUGAAGGAGGAUAUGAAUGCCAAAAUGAACGAGGACACGAAUGACAAAAUGAAGGACGAAGUAAAUGAAGGGAAUAAAUCAGAUGGCAAAAAGGAACACCCUCUCUAUGAAGACAAAGAAAAUGAAAAAAGCUAUUUUAUCAAAUCAAAUUUCGAAGUAUCGUUAGAGGAGGAGAUUUUAGAUAGGGCGGAAAGAAUGAAUUUAAUUUUAAAAAUAAUAGAUGCCUGCAUUGAUGAACUACCCGACUCAUUAAUGAUAGAAGAAGAAAAAUGUAGGGAAAUGAAGAUGCUGCAAAAAAAAAAAGACGACUCAAAGGAAGAAUUAAAAAACUUGUAUAAUGAAUAUAACUAUAUUUAUAAUUACGUUACCAGUAACUUAAGAGACUUUAUCAUUAAUAUGGAACAAUAA